AUGCGUCUCACCUACAUCUUUGCCGUCGUCAUUGCCGCUACUCUCCAAGCCAGUGGAACUGCGCUCAUCACCACCAGGACCUUAAACCACGCCGCGAUCUCCAACGUGGCGUCGGCUGACAUCGUUCACUCUAUUGAUGCCAUCGAAGGAAAUGGCGGCCGGAUGCUGCGCAAAGCGAAGGAAGACCCUGCGUUCGAGGAAGACAAUGAAGAGCGAGCAGGAGGAGCCUUUACCAAAUGGCUGAAGCACAAGCUCGAGUACUUGAAGGUGUCAGCUAAGAAGCGUAUUCCUCGCACGUACGAGAACGAACUUCACCGCAAUUUCAGGAAUGCGGAUUUCAACGGGCGGUUUAAGAGAAACCAGGCCGCUAACAUCCGUGCUUCGAUAAACUGA